AGCAGAUGUGAAGGGAAAAGCCCGAAGACGCGGAAGUUUACAAGCUGCCGGUGGGAACGUCAUUACUGGUAGUACUGUAUUUAUCAAAGGGUAUACUGUACGUAUUUCAAGAUGGAUUUAAGUGAAGAGCACAUAAAGAAAACACUAGCCAGGUACAAGUUCAGAGACUUGACCAUUGACGAACUCCAGAAAGUUCACAGAAUGAACCCUUCACUGAAGCCAUCGGUGGACACAUACACGUUUACUGACAGCACCCAGAAGGACCUGCUGAAGCUGACUGGCACAGUUCAGGUUAAAUAUCAAGGUCGCUCGUACAACAUGCCCAUCCAGCUGUGGCUGCUGGACUCUCACCCAUUCGCUCCCCCCAUGUGCUUCCUCAUGCCGACCCCGAACAUGGUGGUCCGAGUGGGGAGACAUGUGGACGCACGGGGUCGGAUUUACCUGCCGUACCUGCAGAACUGGACUCAUCCCCAGUCGACUGUGAACGGGCUGCUCAUAGAAAUGGUAGCCAAAUUUGAAGAAGAUCCCCCUCUUGCUUCAAAGUCUAGAGAUGACAAAGACUCGGCGGAGCUCAUGGCUUUCCUGGCGAGGAUCUCUGGAGGUGUGUCUGACAUGACCCUCCAAUCAGCAGUCGGAGCGGGUGGGGACAGAGCUUACAGACCAAUUAACAAAGUCACAGUGGUUGGGGGUGGAGACUUGGCCAUGGCCUGCGUGAUGAGUAUUUUGGCAAAGAGCAGUGUGGAUAAGCUGGUGUUGAUCGAUGUCUCAGAAAGUACCUCUAAAGGAGGAACCAUGGACCUGGAGAUCUUCAACCUGCCGAAGGUGGAGGUCUGCAGAGAUUUCUCUGCCAGUGCGGGUUCCAGAGUUGUCGUGGUAACAGCAAACUCCUGGAGUAAUGACCAAUCGUAUGUGAGCGUUGUCCAGGCCAACGUGGACCUGUUCCGAGGCAUCAUCCCCUCUGUGGCUCACUACAGCCCCAGUGCAGUGCUGCUCAUCACCUCCCAGCCAGUUGACAUCAUGACCCACGUGGCGUGGAAGCAGAGUGGCCUCCCUGCAAACCGUGUCCUAGGAGCAGGGUGUAACCUGGACUCUGAGCGUUUCCACUACAUCCUCUCCAGUGUACUGAAGGCACAGCCAGCCGGGAAGGCCUGGGUUAUUGGGGAGCUUUCAGAGAAUAAAGUUGCUGUGUGGAACGGAUCUGCGAUGGCCACUGACAACCUACCUGACUCACAGAAACAGCUUAAAGACAGGGCUGUUGAGAUGCUGAAGGGGAAAGGGCAGCGCUCCUGGUCUGUGGGUCUAUCCAUAGCAGACCUGACACACAGCAUCCUGACAGACCUGAGGAAAACCCACUCUGUCUCCACACUGGCAAAGGGCUGGUCCGGGAUCAGUGGAGAAGCCUUCCUGAGCCUGCCCUGUGUGCUGGGCGCUGGAGGGGUCGCAGAGAUAUCCACGCUGGAAGUGGAAGAGGAAGAGGGGGAGAAAGUGAGAAGCAGCGCUGUCUCACUGCACAACUUCCUUCAGCAGCUGAGGAUUUAACAGCAACAAUGUCUCCAAUACACGCAGAUAUAGAACCCUUUCACAGCAUAAACACUAUCUCCAAUACAUGCAGAUACAGGACCCUUUCACAGCAUAAACACUAUCUCCAAUACAUGCAGAUACAGAACCCUUUCACAGCAUAAACACUAUCUCCAAUACAUGCAGAUACAGAACCCUUUCACAGGAUAAACACUAUCUCCAAUACAUGCAGAUACAGAACCCUUUCACAGCAUAAACACUAUCUCCAAUACAUGCAGAUACAGGACCCUUUCACAGCAUAAACACUAUCUCCAAUACAUGCAGAUACAGAACCCUUUCACAGCAUAAACACUAUCUCCAAUACAUGCAGAUACAGAACCCUUUCACAGCAUAAACACUAUCUCCAAUACAUGCAGAUACAGAACCCUUUCACAGCAUAAACACUAUCUCCAAUACAUGCAGAUACAGGACCCUUUCACAGCAUAAACACUAUCUCCAAUACAUGCAGAUACAGAACCCUUUCACAGCAUAAACACUAUCUCCAAUACAUGCAGAUACAGAACCCUUUCACAGCAUAAACACUAUCUCCAAUACAUGCAGAUACAGAACCCUUUCACAGGAUAAACACUAUCUCCAAUACAUGCAGAUACAGGACCCUUUCACAGCAUAAACACUAUCUCCAAUACAUGCAGAUACAGAACCCUUUCACAGCAUAAACACUAUCUCCAAUACAUGCAGAUACAGGACCCUUUCACAGCAUAAACACUAUCUCCAAUACAUGCAGAUACAGAACCCUUUCACAGACUAAACAUUAUCUCCAAUACGUGCAGAUACAGGACCCUUUCACAGGCUAAAGCUGCUGCUAAUGUGCAUAAGUGUUCCCAGUACCUACUUAUAUUGCCUUGGGAUAUAACUAAAAUAAUGUGCUUCUUCUCUAUGGUGAGAUAAACAGUUUGAUUGUAAUAUAUUGGAACUUCACGGGGAAUUCAUAUCAGUACUGUACUGUUGGAAUUGAUAGAUUCACAUGUAAAUCUGUGAGGGUUAUGGGAAUUAUUAUUAAGUAGGCAUUAGAAUGGACCACAUGAUGAGUAGUGGAUACGUUUAGCAUUUUUGAUGAACCACCAAACUAGUGAAAACAAAACCAGAGGAAACCUAUAGGUCAGCACAAAUUAAAGCACUACACAAAACUUUUGUGUACUUGACGUGAAGUUUUACUUAAAAAAAAAAAAAUGUUACAGAUGAGUAAAUUAACUUCCUGUGUGGCACAGUAGCAUGUGUAAAAGGGUUUGGUGUCAGGUGGGUUCCUAAUACCUGCUGCACAGGAAGUGAACAGGGAAAGGAUGUUUAUCCAUCCAGUUUUCUGUUUUAAUGAGUUAAACUACAUUGUGUGUUGAAUUAAGGAUAUUUUUCAGUAGUUUGCUUUCUUUAAAGGUCUAAAGUAGACUUAUUUUCUAAAAUGUCUUUGUGUAUGAGAUUGUCUUUGGGCUGGGCAUACACAAGUUAAGUGCUUGUUGACCAUACAUACUACCGUAGGUUAAAGUUGACCUUUCUUACAAAUGACCUUGCUUCUAAAUAAAAGCUUGCAUAUUAACACUACAGGGAUCACACAAGAGCAGUGAAAAAGUAAAGCCAAGAUGUCCACCCAACAUUUUUUAAAAAUGAUUACACAUCACACAAACUAUGAGUUGUUUCAACAGGAAUACAAAGAUGUGGAUUUGUAUUUAAAGUAUGUAAUUUAUGUGGGACUUCCCUUUUAAAAAUGCAGAAUACCAAAGAAAUAUGGUGUGUGUUCAUGAAAUGUUUAUGAGUUCCACACACAACCCCAUUGCUAUGACGUUAACUACAAGUACCUAGUGCUAUGUAAAAUAUUUGGAUAGGUGUGGCUGAACUAUUGUUGAGAGGUUUAAAAAACACUUGUAUGGCAAACACCUGACUUCCAGAUCAGAUAGUCCCUGAGAUAUGACCUUGAGAAAUUCCUUUUGGAGUUGAGGGGCUCUUGGGGUUUUAAUCUUGUCUUAUUAAUGAAAUUAUAUUAAAAUCAGUUAAGCGAUUGAUCACUUUUACAUAGCUAUUUCAACUUGAUUUUCACAGGUCCUAUAUAGCACAGCAUAUUGACUGCCUGACAUUACCGGACGAUAAUGUUUUAACAGGUUAUUUUAAACAAAAAUGUAGUAAGAUUGAUGCUACCUUUAACUCCAUAUCAAAUGAACUGCUGCAGACCUAUUAGUAUGAGAUGUAUGCAACCUAAGACAUUUCCCUCACCUGACCUGGGGUCAGUCACAAUGGAAUUGUGUAGCUUGUAAUUCAUUGUUAUUACAAUGUCUUUAACUGUAGAUAAAUCUUGGCACACCUGCGUAAUUGUAAUUACAUAUACCAUAUAAUUGAUCAAUUACAGGUCAAUUACUCACCUCUCCAAGUUUAAUCAUUCGCAGUUCCAUGUGGUGUUUUACACGGAGCAAUCGUUAUUCUCGUAUUUUCAACCACUUUUAAGGACUCAAUUUGUGUGUGUGGUUGUUUGUUACUUUUUAGUAUCAUUGUAAUUACUGCAGCAUCACUGUAAUUGUAAUUCCAGCAAACCGUGCUGCUCUAAUUGUAAUUGAACCCAUGUCUGUCCCUCACGCAGUGUCUCAGAUGUUUAAAAUGGUGCUUGACAGACAGAUCAUGAUAAGCUGCAUGCUGCAGUGACCCUUGCUUAAGUACUAGUCUUUCAGAUACUCAGUACUGCAGAAGCUAUUAUAAUACUGGAGAUAAUAUGUAUGUUAUAUAGUAUGUAAAAGAAUGAACAGAAAGAAUGUUCUCAUAUUGAACAUUUGAUAAUGGUAAUAAAAAUGAUUAAA